AGUAAAAGCCUUAGUCACAAGUGCACCUCUGGUGGUUCCCACUCUAAACUGCACAUAGCCUUUCCAUAUUGUCUUAAGUAAACAGCCAUUAACUAAGAACCAAGCCUUCACUAUUUUCAAGUUUCACAUCACCUUGUUUUUUAAAGAAAAAGUCAUCAAAGCAUGCCUCUGCUACAGCAUUUUUGUUCCUUAUUUGCAGUAAAAAUCAUCGUGUUUAUGUCAAUAGCCUAAUGUGCUGUUAAAUUCUCUCAGAAAUGUCACGCAAUGCUUAAGUCUGUGUAGCUUGACCUCAUCUUCUGUUCCUCUGUCCUUGCAUUUCUGCUGUCAGUAAUUUAGAGACAGCAGUCAUUUAUGAGUUACUAAUUCAUAAAGUUUACUUACUGGCCUUUGAAAUGUCAGGUUUACUCGUUCACUGAUAGCUCUCACUGAUUUCUCUGCCUCAUCAUCGAUAUUGCAUCAACUGGAGGUGUGUCACUUUUAGCCUACUUUAUUAUAAAGCAUAAUUUUUCUAUUUUUAUCUGAUCUUGUUGUCUUUUAGUUUUCAGAGAGCCUCACAAAGACACCAAAGGCACAGCUUUUGACAUUUUUAAUGAUAAAACUAGGGACAAACCUGCUACGAUUCCCUGGACUUACUGUUGCUUUAUCAGCAAACGAAAAGUCCUUCCCUGUUAUAUAGGAAGGCACCGGUUGCACUAUAAACUGAGGUUACUUUGGAGAUGUGCCUGAGUGGCUUCAUGUAUUUCUAAGGGUGGUUGUAAUGGCAGCUGUGCACAAUUUGUUGUGUGGUGUUGCAAGAAUGGAAGGAAAAAGCAAAGUGCUGUGGGGAUUUUAAUGAUGUGGGAUGCAUAUUGCAUCGUCAGGGUGUCCAGAAGCAAAGGCUCUUGAUGCUGAUGUGGACCUGAAGGCAGGACAGGGAAGCUGCAGGAUGACCGCUUGUCUUGUUCCCCUGAGAAAAGUUUGUAUUGAUCUGUUGGUUGGGUGGGAGGAGGAGGAGGCUCAGACAAGCAAAAAUGGUUACGCAAGCAAAGCAAUUGCUAGAUCUAACAUCUUAUUCCUCGCUCUUCUGGGUUGCAGGGACGUGUUUUUGUUUGUUUGUUUGUGGGUGUAUUUAUAUAGUGUCUACCUCUCCAUUGUCCCUGUUUGCCCCUUGGUGCUGCAGUAAUCUCUUUCUGGUCUGUGGAUCUAUCUGCAUGCCGUCAUACACAAACCAUAAACACACACACUCCCUCUCAGCCUCCUCCUGCUGCUUCCACCGUCUGUGUUUGCUGCCAUCAUAUGUAGAUUCUGAUCAAAUGUGGUCUAACGCCUUCUCUUCUUCUCUCCUGGAGUUUUGCUGUGUGUCAAGGUGCUGCAUACAGUUUUGCAGUUUUCGUUUUGUGCUUGUGAGCGUCACCUCUUUGGUUGUUAUGUUUAUGCACUUAGUGUGCAGACAUGUCACUGUGCUCCCGCAGUGAGAGCUGAGCAGCAGGCUGAAUGCAUCAACCCUGAAUCCAAUAGCAGCAUGACUAAACACGAUGCAGCCAAGAAGAAAGCCUUUUGUUGUUGGAGCUGUUGUGCAGUUUGAUUGUUAGCAUGUGGCUCAGUCAUGACUGCCAUGACUGAACUUGUAUCAGUGAAAUACCAAGAGAAACAAGGACAGGCUUUGGAAAAAGGAGGAGCCGUGUUUAAUACAUGCUUUGCCAUUGAUCGGUGCCUUCCUGUAAGCUGCCCUCUGAUUGGCUGUUUUUCUGCUGUGAGCACAGCCGCUGCUGUUGUCAGGAACUGCCCAUUCUCCUUCUCCUUCCUCCCUUUCCUAUUAAUAAGUGUCAAGGAAUAAUUUUUGUUGAUAACCCAUGUUCCAGGAUGUCGGUUUUCAAAGGCAAAGGAUUUAUGUGUUUGUGCUAUUACUUUUCUGCUCUGUGGUGUUCACAGAAGUGACGUGUCUGUCCUGUCUGCAAUCCCCCUGCAUCCUCCCUUCUCUGUCUCUCCCUCUCUCCCCUGUAUCACUUAAUCAAGACAUAGCUUGCCCUUUCCUGUUCAUUGCUGCCUCCCUCCCUCCUGUAUGCUUUCCUCUCUUUUUGUUUGCCCUCGCUUUUCUUUUCCCAUUGGGUAUUUUACUUCCACCUUCCUGCUGUGCGAUCCUCAUCACCCUGAAUCAAAAGAAGCCCUGCCAAGGCAACAAGCAAGGACAUGCAGCAGGAAGGUCAGUGAGCAGGAUGACAACACAGGGAUAUGGAAGAGUGAAGGAGAGAUGAAACAGCCACCCAUGUAAAAGGAGGAAGUGGAACUCCAAAGUGCCUACCGCAUGGUUUCAGCAAACGAGUCUGUUGGAUUACAGCAGGACAGCAGGGAUCAGUGUGUGCUUGGCCUUGAAUGGAUGCAAUAUUUUAUCGUGACAGCCAGAGAGCCAUCCUCCCACUUUGCUGAGCUGCAUUCCCGUCAUACCCCGACUUAGGCUGUAGCCUCGUGAUUACAAGGACAUCAAGACAGUUUUCCCAUCCAUUCGGCCCCAGCACCUUACAGUGUCUGUGAGAAACUCAGAUGGCUGUCAGCAUGACCAUGGGGCGAGACACCAAAUGGCUGACCUUGGAAGUGUGUCGAGAGUUUCAGAGAGGCACCUGCACUCGCUCCGAUGCCGACUGCAAGUUCGCACAUCCCUCCCGGAGCUGCCACGUGGACAACGGCCGAGUCAUCGCCUGCUUUGAUUCCCUCAAGGGGCGUUGCACACGGGAAAACUGUAAAUACCUGCACCCUCCUCCACACCUGAAAACCCAGCUGGAGAUUAAUGGGAGAAACAACCUGAUCCAGCAGAAGGCCGCUGCAGCCAUGUUAGCUCAACAGGUGCCGUUCUUUCUGGCUGGAGCACAACUGCCACCCAUUACACAAUUUUCAGUGACGCCCUCCCUGGCAACAAACCCCACCAUGCCAUUCAAUCCAUAUCAGGCCAUGGGCUUGGUGCCUGAGCUGCCGCCCCUGCUUGUCCCUGGGAGUCCCACUGGUCUGCCAAACAUGGGAAAUAUCACCUACGCACAAAAGCGCGCAGACAAGCUGGAGGUUUGUCGAGAAUUUCAACGCGGGAACUGCACAAGGGGGGACUGCCGCUUCGCUCACCCUCUAGAGGCCGGCAUGGUGGACGGCAGGGAGAACUGUGUCAUUGUUUGCAUGGACUACAUUAAAGGCCGCUGCGGCCGAGACAAGUGCAAAUACUUCCACCCCCCUGCUCACCUGCAAGCUAGGAUCAAAGCUUUGCAACACCAAAUCGGUCAAAACAAUGCGCCUGCACCUAUGGCUGUGUCUCCAGUGGGCGUGCAGCCACUACCAAAGAGGUCGGUUCUAGAGAAAAGCAAUGGAGCUGGUGCCGCAGUCGUCAAUUCCAGCAUGUUAUACUACCAGCAAGCCCUGGCUAACAUACACCAACAGCAACCAGCCUUUUACCACACAUUAGACCCCCCAGAGCUUCUGGCCUCUGAUCCAGUAGAGCUCCAGUACGUUCCCAUGGAAACCCAUUUCUGCCCUGUCCCCAAACUGCUGGUGGCGGCUCCAGUGGCACUAAGCUCAGUAAGCCUUUCCAGAAACCCCAGCUAGAGUCCCGAAAACACUCAGCCCUGCAGCAAACGUGUGCCUCCCGUACAGUGCACAGUGACUAAAGCGGUGGCAAUGUGAAACUUGAUGUUUUUGAAAGUAAAAAAGCUGCAAUGGUUCAUGCCAUAAAAAGCCUGGACAUAUUCUUGUUGCUUUACAGCCGCCAUUCUGAUUAACACUGACUUGAUGAGCAAUAGAGCUCCCUUCUUCUGACAGCCAUACAUGCCCACACCUUAAAAUGUGCUGCAAAGGUGCACAGGAACACACUUCUGCACACAUCCACGAAAACAUUUAAGACUAGACGCCCUUAAUGGGUUGCAGCCAUUUCAGGAGCCAGCAAUGUUGACUGUUCCAAAGUCAGAAGCUCAUUCUGAAAUUCAGAGCUUGGCAAACUGAUGUGCUGCUGGUCUUCGACCAUGAAAUGUCGUUGAAUGAAAGUGUUUCUUAACAUGUCAUGCUUUUGUUUCAAGGUACCCCUAAAGCAUUCAGUUUGUUCUCUCAGCAUCAUUCCCGCUUGAGGAAUUGUUGAUAAGAGGAAGGUUGUUUGUGCCUUUAUUAUUUUCUGCUCGUAUGCAACUGAAAGCUAGUUUCCUUAAAUAAUUUGAGAAACAUUUGAGAAACAAACUAAAAGCUCUAUAAACAGCAAUGGCCGAUAAAUAUUAAGCGUUUCGUUACGUGGUUUUAUUCAUUUUUUGUCUUAUUUUAUAAUCAAUGAAUGGGUCAAAUCAGAAUUCGGCUUAUAUAUAGACAUAGAAAAUCAACAAGUUGAGUGAUGGAAUGAAUUAAUCAGAAUAUAAUGAACUAUUCUAAAGGGGCUGUUAGUGUUUAAACAAGGAUUGAAUGAUAAACAAACUGCCUUAAAGCUUGUCUAACUUCUCAGUUGAAGAGCUCAUUGUUCAGCUAUUGACAUAUAUUUGCAUCAAUCUGAAUACAGAUUUAGCCAUGAUUGCAUUUUCCUGUUUGUGUUGAGGGUAUGGAAGCUAAAAUGACAAAUUUGUUCAUUUUCUUUUCUUCAUAUAUGACUUUAAAGAAAAGGCGUAGAAGCUCUCUUGUGGGCUUUUUUCUCAAAAACACUGUAAAUAAGGGUCCCCAACCACAGCACUGUGGACAGGCAGCAGGCUGUGAAACACUUGUUUCAGUGCUGAACAACACGAAACAAGAACAGAUUAGAAAUAACUCUAAAAUACUUGUUUUGGUGUAUGAUUGAUGUGAAAAACAAUAAAGCCUGUAAUGUAAUGACGCCAAACUCCAAAUGAUAAGGGACAUAUUUGACAGUGGUUGCUAUUUUGACUGACACAACCAUAUCACUGAAACAUACUGCUACAGCCACAGGCUCCCAUGAUGCCUUUGUGGGAUAGUUGCAGGAAAACAAAGAGAAAAUGAUCUGUGUUUGUAAAAAGAUGCAGGUAUUGGGAUGCUGAUGGACGCGACAACUAAAAUAGGGUGUUCAUAAACCUGCAACAGCAUCAAAAACACUAAAAUUAUAACAGCAAAAGCUACACAGAUCACUGGGAGAGAAAAAAAAGCUGGGGAUUCCUAUUGAGUACCUUUGUUCAACUUACAUCACAGUUUUGUCUUUGAUCUGGCGAAAAUCUUUUGAGUUGUAGAUGUUUGAAAAGGACAGGGUUAACCUGAACUUUUCCUCCACUGUUUUUGUCGUUUUUGACUAAAACAGCGUUGCAUGUGUUAUGCAAAAAUGAACAAAAGUUCAGGUUGACACAUGCCAGCUCUGUUGAAAUGCGUUUCUGUUCAUCAGGUCAAAUGUGAUAAAAACUUCAUUGCCAGUCCCUUGGCAGCAUAUUUUUGGGCCUCUAUUUGAUCAACUGAGCUGCAAUCAGUUUGAUGAGGAGAUAAAAAAUAGGAAUGUUUUCCUUGCAAUAAUGAUUCUCUGUCCAGUUUGGACAAUCUGUAAGUACCUAUAACACCAAGCUUGUUGGUUGAUUAUAGCUAGGUUGUUUAAAAGAACUUCUCAUCUACAUUUUGAUACUAAAACAAGCUUCUAGCCAUAAAUUUGUCUGUAGAUGUUCUUUUCUUUUUAGAAAUGAGCUGAUUGUAAGACUCUGUGGAGUUUCCACGCACUAGGAAAACAAGACAUAAUAACCAUAAAAAGUUUAAUAAUUUUAUUAGUGGGCUACUGUACAGUAUAAUUAAUGUGUAAAUAUCCGAAUGAUCAAUACAAAUUAAGGUGGAUUUAAGUUAUGCAUGAAAAAAACAGUAUAAGGUUGUUUUAAAAAAAACUGUUAGCCCAUUUCAAAAGGUUUUUUGAACUUGGAUAUUGAAUAUAACAUUUAAACAAACUAUUCAAAUAAUAUUAAGCCAAUUUUAGAAGACUAUAGGUCAAAAAGCUUUUACCCCAAAGAGAAGAAAUAUUUAGUUUUGUUUUUUUCUUUUCUGACAUGACAUUUUUCCACCUGUGCAAAAAUAAAAUCAGAUUCAGAAUGCAUCUUGUGAGAACACAGAAUUAAAAUAUUUUAAUAUUUAACUAAGAAUGACCCAAACUUAUUUUUUUCUGUUACGUUUUGGUGACAGUUGUUGCACAAAAGGAGCUGAAUUUGUUUCCUAAUGUGCCUAAAACAUUGUUGCAUAUGCAAGGAAGUGCCCAUUUUUUGGUAUUACCUGAGUCACACAGACCCGUUUGGAAAGAAAAAAAAUUGAUUUGUGUGUUUAAUUAUGUCAUUUCAUUCAGUUUUUUGCGUAAGCGGCACAAUAUGCUUUGUUUAAGGUUCUUCAGGGAGAAAACGUAGAACUUGAAAAUGUCCUGUCUGAAUUCAAAAUGUGUCAUGUUUCUGCUGUUGUCUUCUUUCUGUCAUAAGUCAAAAAAAACUCUAAAUACUGAGUUGUGGUAAAGUGAGGAAGUCAGAGAAUAAUUAUCCAUCAGAAAAAAUAAAUAAAUAAAGUAGAAAGUAGUUAGAUCAUUGAUGUAAAGGAGAAGCGGCGUCUUUUAAAACUGGACAGAAAUCAUUUUUAUCCACAUUCGAAUGUGCCUCUUUCAAGUCUCCUUGAACCAACACUGUCAAUAGACUGUAAGACCUAACCAGUGCUCACAGUUAUGCUUAAAGAUCCAGUUUGUACUCUGAGGCUGCUGUGCUGUCUCCUUACUAUAUAGAACAGUGACUUGUGUGCAUACUACAUAAUUGUGUCUGUAAAGAGAAAAGUGACAGCAGAUUUAGUCCUUUAUAUUUGCUGACGAUAUCACUGCAUUUUUCAACUCAACAUUAUUAGUUUCAAAUAAUGUGUUGUGAAUGUAUCUAAUGCAAAAACCGUACACAUGCCUCUCUAAAAGACAGGCAUGCUGAAACGAUUAACUAUAUAUAGACUAUUUAAGAGAUAUGCUUACACUGUGUUAAGAUGUAUCAGAAUAUGUGUAAUAUAUAUAAAUUAAUACAUGUUGUUUGUGGUUGGUCGGACUUUUAGAAAUAGUCACUUCCAGAAACCUUAGAUCUGAAUUAUACAUAUGUGAAGUGUUAAAGGGGAUCACAAUACAAUUUGUAAUGGGAUAUAUGUGAUUUUUUUUUCCUUAUUGGAAUUAAACAUAGUUUGGUUCUUAUCAGAUAUUUUAAAACAAUAGUUCAAGCAAAACAGGUGAAAAGUUUGUGUUGCCCCUGUUUUUUGUGUUUUUUAAUGAAAAUGACAGCUCAUGUCUGAAUUAAAAAAAGUUAAAUGCUGCAAAAAAGUCGACAUAAACUCUAAAACACGGAGGAGGAGGAAACAUAAUGAGUCAAAGUUGGGGAUUUGUCCAGUAAUAGAAUCAUUCUGAACCAAAACAGCCACCACAUCAUUCUGCAGCUAGAUGCAGUUUUCUGUGGUAUGUGGCGAGUUGGUCAUGGGUUCAUCCUGCAGCAGCACAACGCCCCUAAACAAAAAUCCAGGCUAUGCAGGAGAACUACCUUAUCUCAUCUUGAAGUCCAGCACACUCUUCAGACUGAAACUCCAUCCAGUUCCAUGGUUACCGGUUUAUUCAUACUUUUGCAGCAGUUAAGGAUCUCCCUUUAGGGGUCGCCACAGCAAAUGAGUGAAAGCUGAUUUGGCAGAGAUUUUUCAGCCCUUCCUGACACAACUUGUAUUUUAUUCGGGCUGGACUUGCCCAAGUACCAGCCUUGAUGAAGCUCAAUGUUCACCCUGGGAAUCCAUCCCUGAUUUCCCAUGUGCCAGUCCUGCGCUUAACCACCUGAGCUAUCCGGCCACUUUUGCAGCAGUUAAGAAUAUAUUCCUGAGAACAUUCCAGUAGGAUUGAAGACAAAAUGUGAAGCAUGACGGCCAGUGUGGCAAUCUUUGGAAGCAGGAAAAAGGAAAAACCGGACCUGACAGUCAGUUAAAGCAAUGACAGGGAGAGUGAUGAGCUGUUGUUUCUGAUAGAGAUGGCUGCACUACUUUAAUGGGGAAAAAAUAUGUUUUUGCUGUCUUUCAUUUAGACUAUUUUCCAUUUAAAAAACACGUAAAACUGGGGUGUUUAAAAACUUUUAACCAGUAAGGCAAGCAAGCAUAAAUAUUUAUCAAUUAAAAAAAGCCGAAGCAGUUACCAAAUUACUUCCAUAGGAAUGAAGAAGAAAGACUGGCCUCGUGCUUAAAAAUGACCUUAAAGAAUUUUAUAAGAGCAAUUCAUUGCAGAAGUGCUAAACUGUGAUUAGCACUUAGGUUUCAUACUCUGCUCCAUUAUUGUUUUCAUUUUAAUUGGACAAAAAGGAAAUUCUUUAAAGUGCUACGUUAUUGAUCUAGAAUGUUAAAUGUUCUUUUUAAAGAUUCGCUAACUAUCUGUUAUUAUUCCCUGAAAUAUAAUAGAGAAAUGUACUGUGCUUUUCCUGAAUAUCUACAGGAAAACAGGGUUAUGGGUCUGUAAAUGUAGUUUUGCUCAUUUUCAGAUAUCUGGCAGAGCUAACCGCAUUUUGUUGACCUACAAACAUUACAUUCUUUGCUUUGUGACUGACACUUUCAGCAUCAUUUAUUCAAAAUGUACAACACAAACACAGCCAUGCAUGUGCACAUAGAUCCUCAGCCUGCAGCCAGGUUCACUGCUUGGUUGGAAACGCUUGUGUUGCUGCAAAAUGAGCCGUUUGCAAAAGCGAUCGGGCAGGAAAUUCUUUUAUAUGUAGUGAUCAUGCACAACAGUAAAAUCUAAAACUAAACUUGGAAAAUGUAUACAUACACAUUUGCAAACCUACUAACUAAAUCCUGCUAAAGCAUAACUGCAGACAUGUAAGCCUGUUUUUUAAAAACAUUCUAUUGAAAUAAUCUGCACUCGGGAAGGGAAAUGCAUAAGAAAGACAUCAGCGGAUGAAAAUGUAAAAACUUGAUGUGGCACCUUUUGAUUGUCUUUACCGUGGCGAUGGCGGAGCUGCUCUCCUCUGUUAUCUCUUCAUGGGGAGGCUGUGUACAUAACAGUGUAGACAGACCAUCCAGCAGACCAAGGCUGCAAUGCUUCAUCGUUUUCCCUACCAAUACUGCCAGCUGGGUUCAUCAAGGCUGAAGCUGAAGCAUUUUGGGGGGGUGGGGGGGGGGUGGCCUUCACCUGUCUGGGUGCCCCAGUCCGUUCUUACAAAAUGUAUUUCUCAUUUGUUUUCUUUAGAUGAAAAGGAUCUAUAUUCCCCUGACAUGUGCCUGUAAAAUAUGAAGCUUGAACCAGCAGAUUAACACUUAGAUAUGCAGGCUCUAACCGUUGUUUUAAAUGUUCAGGGGCAAAGAGUUCAUGAUGAAAGGCUUGAAAUUGCUAAAUGCAAUGCCUAAUUCCCUUUACUGGGAGCUGGGAAUGUAAGCUAAUAUGACAGGCUUCUCUCCACCUUCUGGUUUAAGCUUUACAUUUACUCCAAUGAUACAUUAACUUUAUAAAAAAAAAAAAAAAAGCAUAAAAGGAAGAAAUAAGGAAGCAUUUUAGCCGUCAAACGCUGAAACUGAAAACUAAAAGACAACACAUCCAACUGUUGAAGAUGUCUGUCAAUGAUGCUGAAGAUUAUUCUGAAAGAUCUGUUUGUUUCUAAACACCCCCAACAUUAGAACGUUGGAAUAACAUGACACUGGAUUUCUAUCAUUGUGCCUCUUCUGGGCAUUUUAUUUUAAUUGUAUUUGUAAUUGCAUCCACGAUUUGUUUCAAAGUGUUUAGGUUUGGAGAGCGGUGGUGUGGCUUGAGAGAAGACUGUUUUUCCCGAUCGCUCUCAUGUGCUUAAACUCCUUCAGGCCUUGUUGUAGUUCCAUCAGGCUUUCCGGAACCGAGUACCAUUGACAAAAUGCUUAGAUCACCUGAGAGCUGACCGACUCAGCAAGGAAACAGUUUCUUCAGUCUUGACAAUACAACUCAAUAAAGGGCCUUAAUUCUUCAUAGUUGUUAAAAGAAGUUAAAUCUGUGAGAAUGGCACGUUUUAUAUGGGAAUCAUUUUUUUUAUAGUUAUAACCAAUCAUGGCAUGAAAAGCAUAUAAAAAUGUAUCAUUUAUGUAUAGUUAGCUUGUCUAGGACAACUGGAAAAUAUGAUAUGAAAUUAGUUUGUACACCAGUCAUUGUUAAUGGUAAAAGUUGCUGUGACCAUGGCAACAAAUUGACAACAUGACUACCUUUCUCUAAUCCCAUUGUUCAUUUUUUCCCUAGUGAAUAGAAAUAAUGUUAACUUAUUUAAAAGGGGAAUGUCUAAUUAGUUUGUCUUGUUCUUGAAAUACGAUUAAAUAUUUUAUAUGAGAAACUUUAAUUGCGUGUAAAAUCCAAAGGUUGUUAGGAGUGAUGACCUGUUGGUUUCCUGUUUAUUUCACUGUGUGGGUUUCUUUCUUUUGCUGUUUUUUUUUUCUUCUUCCUUUUUGAGAUAUAAGAAAGGUCUUUUAAUAAAAAAUGCCUACUUGUUAGGGAUGUAAAGGGGCUUUUGGACUAACUUUAAGAUGGUUAUCUGCAAAGUCAAACUAGUUUUGCCUGGUGGAAAAUGCAGAUCCAGGAGCUGGGUUUGGUCUCCGUUGAGGCCAACAAAGUGGUCCAGAAGUCUCUUCCUGCCCAGCUGUGCUGGGUGAUGUCGAUCCUGACAGAGGUGUAUACGAAUGUGUGAAGUUCACCUUGUUUGCACUUAUGUAUAUACAUAUGUCAAAAUACUCAAAAUUUAUUUUGAAUAAAUACAGGUAAAACAGAUGAUUAAAAAUAAAAUCAGUGUAUUGUUAUUGGCAUGUCUAUGGUUUGAGUAGUGUGUAAAGAUUGAUUUAAGGUAAAUGUCCUUUGGUUUGUGUGUUUGUUAGAGUACUGCGUUUCGCUAAGCUGCUUUGCUGUAAACAAAUACUGGAUUGUGUUUGACUGUUCUUCUCUCAGUUCUAUUUUAUUUUACUCAAAUGUAAUGUCACAUUUAUAAAGUUGAAUGGAAGAAAAAUUCAUAGGUGGAAACAUCUAAAAACAGUACUAACCUUGAUUAUAAAUACUCACUGGAAUUGCAGACACUUUCCACCCUGGAAAAGCACUAAAACGAAGCACACAUUAACUUCACCUUCAGGCUGUAAAGCAGGAAUGUCAGCAGCAGCAAUGGGUGCCAGAAGUAGUGCUCACACUGUUUCACAUGCAUUACCUUCUGUCAUUUUGUGACCUUUUUCCCAUUUACAUCAUUCAAGGUAACAACAAAACCAAACUCAUCAGUGUUUGAUGCUAAAUUAGAAACAACCUGAUUUUUUUUAAAUGUCAUUUUUCUUGCACUUCCAAUUUUAUGUGAAGUUGUUCCUGCAGAAUCAGAAGUUGUAUGUACUUUGUUAUCCCUUAAAGUCUGCGUUGUUGCUAUGGUUUUUGUCCGAGAGGUGGAUUUGCUGGUUCACUGUCUGUUGAGUAUUAAUAUCAGGGAAGAUGGGUGUCUGAUCUGUGCAUUCCCUCCAUCAUGAUGUCUAUGUAUGAACGUCUCCGAAUAUUUGGGCUGUUUUCCUUUUAGAAGUGACAAGUUGAAGUCCAUCUUUCGUCUGUUUUUCUUGUUUGUACUUGUGCCUUUACUGUGCAAAGAUACGGUUAUGUUAAACGCAUAUAUUUUUAAAAAGUGCAUUUACUCAAUGGUUGUUAAAUGAUCCCUUUAUUUAAAGUAGUUUGUUGGUGAGUCAUGCCAUUGUUUUUCAAAUUGGGUACAACAAUCCCAGCCUGAUCGAUGGCUUGUGGAGGAUGAAGAGGCUAGUAAAAGACUGUUCAGGACUAAGCCAUAAAAAACUCUGACAUUCUAGGAGUCAUCUCUUGGUUCACUUUUGCUUGUGCUUCUAUGUGCUGCCAAGCUCUACAAUGUUUUUCUUUUUUUGUUUUGUUUUGUUUUUGCAGGGUGUAGCUGUUAGGAGUAUUGUGCCAAUUAUGAUUUCUGCUAAUUCUGUUUAUCUUAAAUAAAAACAUACAAACAUAA